AUGGCAUCGAUUAGCAGAACACUUCUUCUGCCGGGGCGACGAAACGGUAUCGGUCUUGUACGUGUCCUAUCCUCCUCGGUAAGAAAAUACUCGACCGGUAUGGAGUGUCCGAUCGUAGAGCUUCCGGGGCUCGGGAAGCUACGAGGUUCCACGACGACCGGUGCCUGGACGGGGGUGAAUAUUUACCAGUUUUUAAACGUGCGCUACGCCGAACCGGCAACCGGUGAACGACGCUUCAAACCCCCGGUACCCGCGAACGCCUGGGACGGGGUGAUGGACGUGUCCGAGCCCAAACUAGGUUCGCCAGUGUACAAGCGGAUGAAACUGCUAACCGACGAACAGAAGGCGCAGAACCUCGAGGACUGUAUCAAUCUCAGUGUGUUCACGAAAGACUUCAGUGCGCGCAAACCGGUCAUAGUGUACGUGCACGGUGGGGGUUUCUACGACGGUGCCAUCUCGCACUACCCGCCGAACUACAUCAUGGAAAAGGAUGUCGUGCUCGUGGUGCCCCAGUACCGACUGGGGGCCCUCGGGUUCCUGUGCUCCAACACCAAGCAAAUCCCGGGCAAUGCAGGCGUCAUGGAUGUGGUGCUGGCGUUCGAGUGGGUUCAGAAGUACAUCGCGCACUUCGGCGGAGAUCCGCAGCAAGUGACCGCUAUGGCGCAGUCGUCGGGUGCGGCGAUGGUUUCGGGCAUGACCUACAGUCCGCUGGUGGACACGGAGAAGCUGUUCCAUCGGCUGAUACUGCAGUCCGGCAACUGCCACGCCUCGUGGGUUUGGGAUCGCAACCCGGAACACAACUGUCGCGAUAUCGCCGGGUUUGCCGGAUUCGAUCGGAAGGCACCGCUGGAGGACGUGGAACGGUUCCUCAUGCAGCUGGACGUUUUAAGUCUAAUGAAAGCCUUCACCCAGCAUUACCGUGUUCGAACACCCAACGGAACCGACACCAUCGGUGGGACUCGCAUGGUUUUCAACGAUCCAAACGGGUUGUUUCCGGAAAACCCAUACUAUACCAUGCGAAAGGGAGGAGGACGUACAAAUUUACCCCUCCUAACGGGCGUGACCCGACACGAUGGAACGUUUGCCUUCCUGGAGGUGUUUCAAAUACUGAUGAUCAAGAAACUUAUUGGUGAUCCGCAUAUUACCAUCCACCGGAUGGUGGAUGAAGUGAACCAAGUGCUCGGAGUCGACGAUCCCCGGUGUGCCGUGCGCACGAUGGCACUCGCACAAUAUUUCACCCACGAACAGCUGGCUUCGGGUGACUUAAGGCAACUUGUUCCCGGGUUCUGUGAUCACACAGCCGACGUUCUUAUCAAAGGGCCCGUAUUGAAGAUGGCACAAAACAACGCAAUGUAUCUGCCGGAGCAGACGUACCUGUACAGCUUCGACUACGCGGGAGAACACACGCGCUUCGGAUACGGUGGAGAUACCUCGGCCAUUCCGUUCGAUGGCGGUGUGCAUCAUUCCAAUGAUCUUAUGUACCUGUUUCCCUAUCCGCCAACGGCGGCCAACCUCAACGAACAGGACACCGAGGUUGCCAAGCGUAUGGUUGACCUCUGGACGUCGUUUGCGAUUAGUGGAAAACCUCAAGCCGAUGGAAUCCCUUCAUGGCCCGCCUUCAACAACGUCCUGGGUCCUUAUCUUAAGAUAGACAAACAGUUUACCAUCGGAAAGGACUUCCGGCAGGAGUUUACUACCGCGCUCCAGGAUCCUUCACAGAUUCAGAAAAAGAACACCAAAAAACCAAAGGGAGAACAAUAA